AUGUGGCUCGAUCGUUUUUCAGGCCAUUCAACUGCCUCUGCAGCCACUCCGCCCUUCCAUCGACAGGCCUCUCCUACUCCGCGCCCGUCGCCGCUGCGUGCAAAUAAUCAACCUUCCCGUCCACCAUUCAAUGCACGAUCCUCGUCUCUAUCCCUUGCUUCGGUUGUCAAUGCGUCCUCAACGUCGUUGCCGGGCACCCUGCGUCAAACAAAUGGGUCAACGCUGAGAGUAAGCGCGGCAAGGGAAUCAAAUGCUUCGGACCCUCUCGAGGUUUUACAAGACAUAAUUGGAAAACAAAGAGAGCUAGAUGGAUCGAAAAGUGCUGAAGCUGAUGAAAAUCCCCUGGAAAGGCCAGGCGAUCUCGUUGAUAACAUCGAUUUUGGCGGACUGAGUCUAGAAGAUUUUGUAGUGCAGAGAAACGAUCGAGCAAGAUUUUCGAACGACGAUCAGACGUACCAAUCCGCUGAGCAGUAUGAGAAAGAACGAGAACGAUUCCAGGAGCUCCAUCACUCGAUCACGGGAUGCGAGGACGUCCUGAAAUCUGUGGAGACGUAUCUCCUCAAGUUCCAAACCGAGCUUGGUGCCGUAUCUGCGGAGAUUGAAACGCUUCAAUCGCGCUCGUCUAAAUUGAACUCUCAACUUGCAAACCGCAAGAACGUAGAGCAACUACUUGGUCCAGCCGUCGAGGGGAUUGCCAUAUCACCGCGUACGGUUAGAGUCAUAUCGGAAGGCCCCAUAAAUGCGGAUUGGAUAAAAGCUUUAAAGGAAGUCGAUAGCCGAUCAACAGGCAUCAUCAAUAGCUCGUUCAACAAUACUAAAGCAGUCGAAGAUGUGAAACCGUUGUUAACGGAUUUGAAAGAUAAAGCUGUGGAAAGGAUUCGCGAUUAUCUGGUCGCACAGAUCAGGGCCAUAAGGUCGCCGAACAUUAACGCACAAAUUAUUCAACAGCAAUCCCUUGCCAAAUAUAAGGAAUUAUACGGCUUUCUAUCUUUUCACCAGCCAAGUUUGGCUGAAGAAAUCACCCAAGCUUACGUGAACACAAUGAGAUGGUACUACCUUUCGAAUUUUACACGAUAUAACCAGGCAUUGGACAAACUAAAAGUCCAUUCUAUGGACCGCAAUGACCUGCUGGGUGGUGAACCGGUUCUUCAGAAAGGAUCAACCCCUUUUCCUAGUGGACGCAACCCACAUUCGUCUCAUGACCCCUUUACGCUCGGACGGCGGAUAGAUGUUCUCAAAUCAAACAACCCAAUGGCGCUAACAUCAUACCUUGCAGAAGAAGACAAAUCCCAACACGGCAUUGAAGUUCCUUUUAGAAAUUUCAAUCUCGCUUUGAUCGAUAAUAUUUCGGCGGAAUUCUCUUUCAUGGCAGAAACGUUUGCAGCCAAAUCGAUCCAUCUAGCUUCGCGAAAGAUAAUGUCAAUAUUUGAGCCGGUCUUCGCUCUAGGUCACAAUUUAACAAAACAAUUAAUCGAUAACACAACGGACUGCCUCGGCAUCCUUCUUUGUGUCCGGCUCAAUCAGCAAUUUGCGUUUGAGUUGCAGCGUCGCAAAGUCCCCGUGGCUGACGCGUAUAUAAACGGCAUCAACAUGCUCUUGUGGCCUCGAUUUCAGAUAAUCAUGGAUAUGCAUCACGAGUCCUUGAAAAGGGCGUCCUCAUCAUCCACUCGAGGAAGCGUCUCGGCACUAUCGUUAACCGGGGGCGACAAACAAUCCCUAGCGCCGCAUUUUUUGACUCAAAGAUUUGGCCAAUUCCUUCAUAGUAUACUCCAAAUGAGCAUUGAAGCAGGAGCAAAUGAACCCAUCUCAAGCAGCUUGGGGCGAUUAGCCAACGAAUUUGAUACUUUAUUGGCGAAGCUUAGCAAAGCUAGUGGCGACGCAAAACGCAGAGAACGCUUUUUGUUCAACAAUUAUUCUCUAAUACUCACUAUCAUUAGUGAUACAAAGGGUGAUCUCGCUCAAGAACAACAGACACACUUCGAGUCGAUGAUCAACGGUCUUGGUGGCAAGUCAUAG